CUGAGGACCUUCCUUGGAACUGAGAUCAUCUUCCCCCUUUUAAACCCCCUAAUCCCUAAACCCUAAUUCAGAUUUCAGUAUUCUCCGUCAAUUCAGUCAGCUUUCCAAUUACAAAGGUACCGGCGCUUCUUUUGUCGUUUUGCUUUCCAUUUUCUCUCACUCUGUCCUUCCUUUAUCUGUAAAGCCGAUUUUGCCAGCGAAUCAGGGAAAAAGUACGGGUACCAAAUGAUGGCGGAUGAUUCAGUAAACAAUGGAGAUCUGUUCAAUGAUUCCUAUAAUUCUGAAUCAAAAACCUCUGCACUAAGCGCUAAGAUUGCUGCGUUGGAGCAGGAGAACCACCAACUCGUUCAUGAGAAUGAGCUCAUCAAGGAGAGGGUGGAGAAGCUGCAUCAGUCAAUUGAUGAUUCCACCAAUGAGAAAGCCGAGCUUCAGAAGAUGGUAGAGGAAUCAGAGUACGAGACUAGAGCUUUGAGAUCAAUAACUGCUCGAAGUGCUGAGCUUGAGGGCGAGGUGUCUCAACUCCGGAAUGGUCUGGACAAAGCUUUGAAUGAUCUCGAAGAGUUGAGUUCUGAGGCGUCGCUUUUGAGGUCAACUGUAGCUGGAUUGAAAAGUAGUGAGAAUGAGAAGGAUAUCAAAAUCCAAGCCAUUGAAGAGGAAAAUAAUCUACUGAUUCUGAAAGUGGAGAAAUUGGAGGCUAGUAGGGAUGAUCAGAAGGUAGAAAAGGAAGCAAAGGAGCUGCACAUCAUAGAUUUGAAGAAUAAACUUGUGAAUUUAGAGGCUUCAGUGGUAAUCAACCACGGUUGGGAUAAGGAGAAAGCGGAGCUGGAGAUGGCAAAGAAAGAGGUGGAGGCGAGGUUGGAUGAAAUGAAAGGGAGACUGCUAGAGAUUGAGAAGAAGUUAGAGGAUAAGGAACGGGUAAUUGCAGAUGUUCACACCAACGGCAACGGAAAGGUGGCUGAGGGUAAGAAUGUUUGCACAUUUGGCUUCAAAGUGGAGUGGCCAUUGGUGACUGGAUCAGCAAUUGCAGCUAUUGCUCUAGCCACAACCGUGAUCUACCUGAGAAACACUAGGAAAACAUAGUUUGGUAGUUCCACAAAAUAGGAAGAAAAGUUGCUGAAACUUUCUGGUUGAGAUUUCACACCAAGCCACGAUGAUAGAAUUUUUGAUACACAUGCUGUUUUUUUUCGGGCCUUUGUUAUCAGGUUUUGUCUUUUCCUUAAACUAAGAUUGGGUUGUCAAUGUUGCUUCGUAGUAAUAUGAUACAUGUGUGCUAAAUUGGAUUUGCCUUUAAUCCACACAACUUUUGAAUUUUGAUUGCAUUGUAAGAGUACCUUCGGUUAGGUGCAAAGAUGCUGAUAUCCAUUGUUAUAGGAGUAUGCUAAAUUCAAGGGGGUUUUUUUUUGAAGAGUAUUGAGUUUAUCAAAACCUGCAAGACCAAAUUACUGUAAUCUCUCAUGAAACUCUAAUCCCAUUACAAUGUCUUAAAUUGCAUGGCCUUUUAGGUUCGGGGCUCUAGACAAACAUUUGAUGAUCUUUUUAUCCAUAUGAAUUGCAGAAAUUUUGAGAUAUGCAUUUACAAAAUGCUGUAUGUAAAUGCUGUCUGCAAAAAUCUUGAGAAAACUAAGAAAAGAUUUCAGCUUUGACACCAAAAAUGGACUGUGGAAAGUGCCAAGACAGGCCAAACAAACAAACAAAAAAAGAAAAAAAGAAAAAAGAAAAAAAAGAAGAAGAGAAUUUGGGCUGUGGCUAAAUCUCUUUUCCUUGGAAUUCAUGUAAUCUGAGAAUGAGAAAUAAAUUGAAAGAAA